GGCUGGUGCAGCUCCCAGCUUAAGUGUCCAUACCCCUUUCGCCACUGCCCAGCUAUGGCCAGUCUGCUGCGGGCCACAGCCACCUGGGGGCACUUCCCCUGGAGGGGCUACUGCUCCAGGAUAAAGCAGGGCAAACUCGGCGAGGACUUUGUGCAGGCUCUGAGGGCAGUGGUGGGGAGCCCCCACGUGUCUACGGCCGCUGCGGUCCUACAACAACACGGGCACGAUGAGUCCAUGCACAGGUGCCAACCUCCGGACGCCGUGGUGUGGCCCCAGAACGUGGAGCAAGUCAGCCGGCUGGCAGCCCUGUGCUACGGCCACGGCGUCCCCAUCAUCCCCUUCGGCACGGGCACUGGGCUGGAGGGCGGAGUCUGUGCCGUGCAGGGUGGCGUCUGCUUCAAUCUGACCCACAUGGACCGCAUCCUGGCGCUGAACCCAGAGGACUUCUCUGUGGUGGUGGAGCCCGGCGUCACCCGCAAAGCACUCAACACCCACCUGCGGGGCACUGGCCUCUGGUUUCCUGUAGACCCCGGUGCAGAUGCUUCCCUCUGUGGCAUGGCGGCCACAGGGGCCUCGGGCACCAACGCCGUGCGCUACGGCACCAUCCGGGACAACGUGCUGAACCUGGAGGUGGUGCUGCCUGGCGGGCAGCUGCUGCACACCGCGGGCCGGGGCCGGCAUUACCGGAAGAGCGCAGCGGGCUACAACCUCACCGGGCUCUUUGUGGGCUCGGAGGGAACCCUGGGCCUCAUCACAGCCGCCACCCUGCGCCUGCACCCCGCCCCCGAGGCCACGGUGGCCGCCACCUGCGCGUUCCCCAGCGUCCAGGCGGCCGUGGACAGCACCGUGCACAUCCUCCAGGCCGCGGUGCCCGUGGCCCGCAUCGAGUUCCUGGAUGAGGUCAUGAUGGACGCCUGCAUCAGGUACAGCAAACUGGACUGCUCCGUGGCACCCACGCUGUUCCUCGAGUUCCACGGCUCCCAGCAGGCCCUGGUGGAGCAGGUGCAGCGGACAGAGGAGAUCACCCAGGCCAACGGCGCCUUCCACUUCUCCUGGGCCAAGGAGGCGGAGGAGCGCAGCCAGCUCUGGGCCGCCCGGCACAACGCCUGGUACGCCGCCCUGGCCCUGCGGCCGGGCUGCAAGGGCUAUGCCACUGACGUCUGUGUGCCCAUCUCCCGGCUGCCGGAGAUCCUGGUGCAGACCAAGGAGGACCUGAAGGCCUCUGGGCUCACAGGAACCAUUGUUGGACACGUGGGCGACGGCAACUUCCACUGCAUCCUGCUGGUAGACCCGGAGGACACCGAGGAGCUCGGCAGGCUUGAGGCCUUUGCAUGCCAGCUGGGAAGGCGGGCGCUGGCACUCCACGGUACAUGCACAGGGGAACACGGCAUUGGGCUGGGCAAACGGCAGCUGCUGCAGGAGGAGGUGGGAGCCGUGGGCAUAGAGACCAUGCGGCAGCUCAAGGCCAUGCUGGAUCCCCGAGGCCUCAUGAACCCGGGCAAGGUGCUAUGAGGGGCUCCGAGCACUUGGCACACAAACCCCAGACAGUGGAACUUCCAGUCUGGGUUCUUCAAGCCACAGAACAGCUCUGCCUUUGCCUCUUAUCUGGAACUCAAGGCCAGAAGAGGAGAGAGAAGCCUGAAGGCCUGGCCCCUCCCUGGCCCUCUUGCUGUCCCAGGAGCCUUUGGUUCAGUAACUGUAAGCCAGUGAA